GGCUCACCGUAGAACCGGAAGCAAGCUGUUUCACAAGCAGCCGGUCGGCGUGACUUUGAACUCAUGUGUGUGUGACACCAGAGUAAACACACACUACUCACACACACAUCUACUGUAAAUCAAAAUGCGGCUUCUGAGAGCAGCCACAGCUUUAACCCGACUGCACCCGCUCAGGCCCGGGCACGACACGGCGAAACAGGUGUCGGUCGGCUGCUGUCGCUCGUGCUCGACUGGGUUCACGCCGAACGAGCUGAUCCGAAACAUCGGCAUCUCUGCGCACAUCGACUCGGGGAAGACCACCCUGACGGAGCGCGUGCUGUACUACACCGGCCGGAUCGCCGAGAUGCACGAGGUGCGAGGGAAGGAUGGAGUGGGGGCGAUCAUGGACUCGAUGGAGCUGGAGAGACAGAGAGGAAUCACGAUCCAGUCCGCCGCCACCUUCACCAUGUGGAGACGCCACAACAUCAACAUCAUCGACACGCCAGGUCACGUGGACUUCACCAUCGAGGUGGAGCGGUCCCUGCGUGUGCUGGACGGGGCAGUGCUGGUGCUGUGUGCGGUCGGGGGCGUGCAGUGUCAGACCAUGACUGUGAACCGGCAGAUGAAGCGCUACAGCGUGCCCUUCCUCACCUUCAUCAACAAGCUGGACCGGCAGGGGGCCAAUCCGGGCCGAGCGCUGCAGCAGCUCAGGACGAAACUGAAUCAAAAUGCAGCGUUUGUCAACAUCCCCAUCGGGCUGGAGGGAAAUCUGCAAGGCAUCGUGGAUCUGAUCGAGGAGCGCAGCAUCUACUUCGACGGCCCCUUCGGCCAGAGCAUCCGCUUUGCCGAGAUCCCGGCGGAGAUGCGGUCCGAGGCGUCCGACCGCAGACAGGAGCUGGUGGAGUGUGUGGCCAACGCCGACGAGACGCUCGGAGAGAUGUUUCUGGAGGAGAGAGUUCCCUCUGUGGACGACCUCAAGGCGGCCGUGCGGAGGGCGACGAUCAAGCGUGUGUUCACCCCUGUGCUAGUGGGAAGUGCGCUGAAGAACAAAGGAGUUCAACCCCUGUUAGACGCUGUGCUGGAGUAUCUGCCCAACCCCACUGAAGUCAGCAACUACGCCAUCCUCAAUCAGGAGGAUGCUCAAGACGGCUCAAAGAUUCUGAUGGAUCCAACAAGAGAUGACACUCAACCCUUCGUCGGCCUGGCCUUCAAACUCGAGGCGGGGCGCUUCGGUCAGCUGACGUACGUGCGUGUAUAUCAGGGUUGUCUGAGGAAGACCGAGUACAUCUAUAACACCCGCACGGGGAAGAGGGUGAGAGUUCAGAGACUCGUGCGACUCCACGCAGACCAGAUGGAGGACGUAGAGAUGGUGUUUGCUGGAGACAUCUGUGCGCUGUUUGGCAUCGACUGUGCCAGCGGAGACACAUUCACUGCCCGCACUAAUGCCAACCUCUCCAUGGAGUCCAUCCAUGUUCCUGAGGCUGUGAUCUCCAUGGCCAUACGACCCGCCAACAAGAACGACACAGACAAGUUCUCCAAGGGGAUCAACCGCUUCACCAGGGAAGACCCCACGUUUAGAGUUCACUACGACACCGAGAGCAAAGAGACCAUCAUCUCCGGCAUGGGGGAGCUGCAUCUGGAGAUCUACUCGCAGAGGAUGGAGAGGGAGUAUAACUGUCCGUGUGUGAUGGGGAAGCCGAAGGUGGCCUUCAGAGAGACGGUGACCAGCGCUGUGCCGUUCGACUUCACCCAUAAGAAGCAGUCUGGAGGCUCGGGUCAGUACGGUAAAGUGGUGGGCGUCCUGGAGCCGCUGGAGCCCGAGAACUACACCAAACUGGAGUUCAGCGACCAGACCGUGGGCACCAACAUCCCCAAGCAGUUCGUGCCCGCCGUGGAGAAGGGCUUCAGGGAGGCGAGUGAGAAGGGGCCGCUGACGGGACACAGGAUCUCCGGCGUGCGGUUCGUGCUGGACGACGGGGCGCAUCACAUGGUGGACUCCAACGAGAUGUCCUUCAUCCGGGCCGGAGAGGGCGCUCUCAAACAGGCGCUGGAGAAGGCCAGUGUGGUGAUCCUGGAGCCGGUGAUGUCAGUGGAGAUCGUGGCUCCUGACGAGUUCCAGGGGGCCGUGAUCGCAGGGGUCAACCGCAGGCACGGCGUGGUCACGGGGCAGGACGGGGCCGAGGGCUACUUCACACUCUACGCCGACAUCCCGUUGAAUGACAUGUUUGGAUACGCCACAGAGCUGCGCUCCUGCACUGAGGGUAAAGGCGAGUACACCAUGGACUACAGCAGAUAUCAGCCCUGUCUGCCCAGCGUUCAGGAGGACCUGGUCAACAAACACCUGGAGGCCACGGGACAGAUGCCCGCCAAGAAGAGCAAGUGGAAGAACUGAACACACACACACACGGACGUUUGUAAGAGGUGAACAGUCAAGAAGGUCACAGGGAUUGGGAGGGUUUGCUCAGUAACUGUAAAUGUCGUUGUACAGCAAAUGGUCGCAAAUGUGGUGAUUUAAUAUAAAAUGAUGAUGUUUUAAAUCAGUGUGUGUUGAGUCGCAUUGGGAAAGACGUAACACACUUCACCUGACUGGAGCGAUUACACACACACACACACACACACACGAUAGCUUGAUUCCCUCAGACCAGUGAAACAUAAACCUAAUGUUGAGAGCGAGAGGAGGCAUUUUACGCCACACACACCCAGGUCGGUUUACACACACACACACACACACCAGAGCUCAGCGGGAAUCUGUUUACUGUGUUAAUAUAAAGCCGUAUGUGACGCGCCUCACCUGACGACACACACUGAUGAGCCAGAACUAAUGAUCAUAACCGAUUACAGUCCUCCUGUGGAGGCGGGGCUCAUUUGCAUAUUCAUAGAACCACGCAUACUAAAUGAGGCAAGAGUGUUGAGUUACAUUCAAGAUAUUUUUAGGCAAUUUUUCAAGGAAAAAAAUGUUCAUUUUGAUGUUUAAAAUGAGUUUUAGGGGAUAAACUGAUUGACUACAGGAGGACUUUAAUAUGCGGCCUUGUUAGGAGAUGAUCAACAAUAUUCGCUUCACCGAUGACUACAAAAUAAUGUUUUGGCUCGCCGAUGUACGUGGAAACAAAAUGAUGAAGAGAAAUAAACAUUUAGACUUUGCAAACACAGUUUUUUUUGUGUUUCAUCCAAUCUGAUUAAAAGAUAAGCACGUCUGAAUCCAGUGAUUUUGUCACUUCCUGUCUACUGAGAUCCCUUCAUCUGAUUGGUUUGUGUCCUUCGCUGCUUAUGAUAUCCCACAAUCCUGUGUGUUCGAUUACAUGAAAAGAAUCAAAAUGGCGUCUGAAAGUAGCGAUCGGUGGUCAGUUUUUCUACAAUAUUAAAUAAUAUUGUAGUAAUUAAAUGUUCACUUAGUUAUGCAUCUCAUUACAUUAUUAAGCUUCCUCAGAAAUCAUCGCAUGACCCAAAUCAGCCGUCGAAGCGUUCAAAUCCCUCUUUCUGGAUCACAACAGCCCCGAAGAUGCUCAGGCCGGACAGUAAGACAGGAAUAACCUCAGCAAACACAGCACAGGAACAUGAACCUAACGCAGACUGCCGUAAUGAGCACUGGUUACCUGGGACGGGGCCGGCGCCGGGUCCGUGGGCCGCGUGAAGCAGUGAGAGACGGGUAGAGCCGCACUGAGCUCAAGCAGAGAGAGAGAGAGGAGCAGCCAGAUCAUCCUCAGCUACACAACACUGACGCUUUCCAGACGAGAGAUCUCCUCACACAGAUCCAGAAGCCACGAGUUCACUCAGACACUCGAUCAUUCACACAGGACACAACACAUCUCAGAGUUCAUCAAUCCCUCCAAAAUGAUGUCACUUCCUG